UGCCAGUGCAGUGCUGUGCGGGACCAUCAUUCUUUAACACGACGACGGUGGGCGAUGAAUCCAUUUGGCACCGCUACAAUGCGGAGAUAAAUCUUGACUUUCGGACCGCAGGGACGAACAUUCAUGACGGCGGAGGUGUGAGAAUAUUCCGUUUGCAACAUCAGCUACCAACCCAGAUUUGACGCAUGGAUUCAAAUCGUGGAAUACUGACGUUACGGAGGAAUGGUCGUGAGACCAUGAACUGUAGCUGGGGGACAGAAUUAUGGGACCAGUUUGAUAACUUGGAGAAGCAUACGCAGUGGGGGAUUGAGUUUGUGGAGCGGUACACCAAGUUUGUGAAGGAGCGCUCGGAAAUCGAGCUCAACUACGCCAAACAGAUCAGGAAUCUGUCGAAGAAAUAUCAACCCAAGAAGAACUCGAGAGAAGAGGAUGAGUACAAAUACUCGUCAUGCAGGGCCUUCCUCAUGACGCUGAAUGAGCUGAACGACUACGCCGGUCAGCACGAGAUCGUGGCGGAGAACCUCAACACACAGAUCCUGUCCGAGCUGUCGCGCUACAUCCAGGAGCUCAAAGCAGAGAGGAAAUCGCAUUUCCAUGAUGGCCGACGGGCACAGCAGCAUAUGGAGAACUCCUGGAAACAGCUGGAGUCAAGUAAACGCCGGUUCGAGCGGGACUGUAAGGAGGCCGACCGGGCGCAGCACUACUUUGAGAAGAUGGAUGCCGACAUCAACGUCACCAAGGCUGACGUGGAGAAGGCGCGACAGCAGGCCCAGAUCCGGCACCAGGUGGCAGCCGACAGCAAGAACGAGUACCUGAGCUGCCUGCAGAAGUUCAACAAGGACCAGAGCGAACACUACUACACACUCAUCCCACUCAUAUUCCAGCGUAUUCAGGAGAUGGAGGAGCGUCGUAUUGAGCGUGUGGGGGAGAGCAUGCGGAGCUACGCGGAUGUGGACCGCAGGGUGCUGCCCAUCGUCAGCAAGUGCCUGGACGGCAUGAACAAGGCGGCAGAGUCCAUCGACCCCAAAAUGGACACAAAGCAGGUAGUGGAGACGUACAAGUCCGGGUUCGAGCCCCCGGGCGACGUGGAGUUUGAGGACUACAGCCUGUCCAUGCGCCGCGCCGUCUCUGAGUCCAGCUUCCUGAACGCCAGGGGCGAGAACCGGCGCCGCAGCCGGGGCAAGCUGUGGCCCUUCAUCAAACGGAACAAGCUCAUGUCUCUGCUAGCGUCGCCCCGCCAGCCGCCCCCGCCCCCUCCCACCUCCCCGUCCCCGUCGUCAGCGGUGCCCAACGGGCCCCAGUCGCCCCCCCAGCAGCAGAAGGAGCCCUUCGCCCAGCGCAUCAACGGCUUCAUGUCCUCCAAGCACCGCUCCCUAAGGAGCCUCAAGAGAGGGCUUUCACUUAAGCUGGGUACGAGCUCGGAGGACUACAGCCACCUGCCGCCAGAGCAGCGCAGGAAGAAACUGCAGGCCAAACUCAACGACAUCACCAGAGACCUGCAGAAGGAGGUGGACCAGAGGGAUGCCCUGGCCAAGAUGAAGGACGUGUACAUGAAGAACCCCCACAUGGGCGACCCCGGCAGCAUAGAGCCCCGCCUGGAGGAGAUCGCACAGAACAUCGACAGGCUGCAGCAGGACGCACACAAGUUCGAGAGCUGGUUGGCUGACGUGGAGGGCAGGCUGCUGGAGAAGGGCGACGUCCAGAGAAGACAGAGUGCCCACUUUGACUCCCAGGGACACGCCCCCGUGGGGAACAACUGUGCUCAGAACAGGGAGAGCCCGGAUGGGAGCUACACAGAGGACCACGGCAUGGAGAACCAGUUCAAGUCGCGCAGCACCGAGUUCGACGACGAGUUCGAUGACGAGGAUCCUCUUCCCACCAUUGGCACCUGCAAGGCCCUCUACCCCUUUGAAGGUCAGAACGAGGGCACGAUCUCCAUGGCGGAGGGCGAGAUGCUGUACGUGAUCGAGGAGGACAAGGGCGACGGCUGGACGCGCGUGCGGCGCAACGAGGACGAGGAGGGCUACGUGCCCACCUCCUACAUCAAGCUCUACUUCGACACCAGCGCCAAAGGUGCCAUGACCUACAUUUGACCUACACACCCACACCCAACCCAACCCAACCCAACCAAACCCAACCAAACCUGUCCAACGCACCUGAAAAAAACACCAUAGCGAUCGCAUCCCCUGGUCCCCCAUCCACUCCGAACCGUCCGCUUCAUUCAGAAGCGUAUCUUGCCACCAGGCUAGGCUGACAGCCACUUGGGGCCCCCAAGCCUCUGACUGUAAAUAACAGUUCAGACUUUACGACAGUAGUGGCCAUUUUGUUUCAAAUGUUCUUUCUUUUCAAUUUUCGCUUGGG